AUGUUCAAAAGAAGUUUAAAAGUUUUAUUAUCAAAUCCACCCAUCAACAGAGUAAAGCCCUCUUCAACAAUUAUUCAACCACUUUCAAAUACUACUACAACAACAAUAAUUAAUAAUAAUAAUAUAACUAAUUUUGAAAAAAUGACACAUAAAAAAUCUAUGACAAUUGAUAAUAUUUGCCAAAAUGUAAGAAAUGCACAAUAUGCAGUACGUGGUGAAUUAGUUAUUCGUGCAGAAGCAAUUUCACAUCAAUUACAAAAACAAAAAACAGAAGGCACAAAAACAUUACCAUUUGAAGAGAUUGUCUAUUGUAAUAUUGGUAAUCCACAACAAUUGAAACAAAAACCAUUAACUUAUUUCCGUCAAGUUGUAUCAUUAGUUGAAUGUCCAGAUUUAUUAGAUAAUCCAUACGUUGAAAAGAUAUAUCCAGCCGAUGUUAUCUCACGUGCUAAAGAGAUAUUAGGAUCAAUUAAUAAUACAACAGGUGCCUAUUCCAAUAGUCAAGGUAUUGGUUUAGUUUUAAGAUCAGUUGCAGAUUUCAUAGAGAGACGUGAUGGACAUAAAUCUGAUCCAUCCGAAAUUUUCCUUACAGAUGGUGCAUCAGUUGGUGUACAACGUAUUUUGAAACUUUUAAUUAAAGAUCGUUCAGACGGUAUCUUAAUUCCAAUUCCACAAUAUCCACUCUACAGUGCCACCAUUGAAUUAUAUAAUGGCAGUCAAUUAGGGUACCUAUUAAAUGAAGAGAAAGGUUGGUCACUCGAGAUCUCCCAAUUGGAGCAUUCCUACAAUGAUGCAGUUUCAAAGGGUAUUAAUCCACGUGCACUCGUUAUCAUCAAUCCAGGUAAUCCAACUGGUCAAUGUUUAGAUAGAGCAAAUAUGGAAGAGAUUGUCAAGUUUUGUUUAGAAAAGAAUGUAGUAUUAUUGGCUGAUGAAGUCUAUCAAGAGAAUGUUUAUGUCAAAGAGAGUAAACCAUUCAUCUCAUUCAAAAAGGUUGUCAAAGAUAUGGGUGGUGAUUAUGCAGAUUUAGAGAUGGUUUCAUUCCAUUCAGUUAGUAAAGGUUUCGUUGGUGAAUGUGGUAAACGUGGUGGUUAUAUGGAAUUAAAUGGUGUCACUCAAGAUGUUAAAGCUGAAAUUUAUAAACUCGCAUCAAUUGGUUUAUGUCCAAAUGUUAUUGGUCAAUUGGUUGUUGAUUUAAUGGUUCGUCCACCAGUUGCUGGUGAACAAUCACAUGAUCUCUACCUUAAAGAAAGAGAUAAUAUCUAUGAAUCUUUAAAAAAACGUGCAAAUCUCUUAACAAAUGCUUUAAAUAAUCUUGAAGGUGUAACUUGUAAUCCAUCAGAAGGUGCAAUGUAUGCUUUCCCACAAAUUCGUCUUCCAGCUAAAGCUGUAGAAUAUGCAAAUUCAAUUGGUAAAGCACCAGAUGCUUACUAUUGUAUUCAAUUACUCGAAGCCACUGGUAUCUGUGUUGUACCAGGUAGUGGUUUCGGUCAAAAAGAUGGUACUUGGCAUUUUAGAACUACCUUCUUACCUUCUGAAGAAGCAAUUGAAGGUGUUUGUAAGAGAAUCGCUGAUUUCCAUCAAUCAUUUAUGAAUAAAUAUAAAUAA